UCCGCAUCUAAUGCGCAGGGCAGGGAUCUCACUGCAGAAGUGGAGGGCUCACCCGUGCUCACGUUUCAGGAUUUUUCUUCCAUGGCUUCUGACCACGUCUACCGAGAUGUUUGUGGACUGCAUAUGAGCUACAUAUUCCAGGAACCAGUCCUGAAAGAAGCACUCGCAUACAAGCCCAAGCCUGGCGAUGUAUUUGUCGUGUCAUUUCCAAAGUCCGGGAGUACAUGGAUGCAGUAUAUUGUCUAUGCCAUUUACCACGACGGCUCCAAACCCGAGAAUCUUCGAGAAUUCCUGCAGAAGUCGCCCUUCCUAGAGGCUCAAGGACUCAAAGCCGUCGAAAACAUGCCACGGCCUGGUGCAAUCAAGACUCAUCUGCCUUUCAAUUGCAUACCUUACUCUCCGCAAGCGAAGUACAUAUUCGUGGCCCGAAACCCAUACGACUGCUGCGUUUCCUUCUACCACCACACGAGAACGCUUCCGGCGUACCACUUCGCCGAUGGAUCAUUUGAGAAGUUCUUAGGUCUAUUUCUAGAAGGAAAAGUAGAUUACGGUGACUACUUUGACCACCUACUGUCGUGGUACAAUCACGCACGCGACGAGAACGUCCUCCUUGUAACUUACGAGGAACUUAAAGGCCACCCUAGCGCUGGAGUUAUCAAGAUCGCCGAUUUCCUGGGAUACAAGUAUGGUAACAAACUUCGCAAGCAGCCGGAGGUAUUGGGAAGGAUCUUGGACACGAUAAGCGUGAAAACCAUGAUGGAAUUGAACGGUCAGCUUAGAAGGUACACCAAAGAGGUGGCUCUUGCGGGCGAGUACAAGCUGCUCAACGAUAAAGCGGCUGAUUUAAUGAAACCGAGGACCGGAGACUUCGUGCGGAAGGCCAUCGUUGGCGACUGGAAAAAUCACUUCAAUGCAGAUCAGAUAGCGCAAAUGAAAGAAAGAAUAGCUUUGAAAAUCCAAGAAAGCACCGUUAUGAGCCUCUGGGCGGACGUCGACCUUCCGUGAAACUGGAAAUGUGUGAAAUUUCAAGGCCAGUAUGAUUACUUUUUUUUUUUUGCUGGCUCCAUGGUAUCCUAGGUCAGGCUGUCAUUUCGGAGAGCCAGUUAACUUGUGAACCAUAUUCAUGUAGUGACUCUGACAUCACUGCUGCAUAUUUGCAAUAAAAAACACAAGAAAACGUAAGUACAGCUGCGGAGCAAUGCUGUACGGUACCAAACUUGA